UUCCAAUGUAAACAUGGUGAAACACUGCUGUUGGGGUGAUUGUCGGAGUGACGACCGCUACAGAAAUGCAGAUCAUAUGCAGGACGUGUUCUUCAUACCGUUUCCCAAGCCUAAAACACAGCAUGAAAAAUGUAGAUUGUGGGUUUCCUUGUGCGGGCGUAAAAACUGGGGGGUUACCAAUGUAAACAAACACUCUUACAUAUGCAGCAAGCAUUUCUUUGGAGGAAACGGUCCUACCAUUGACCAUCCCAAUCCUUUGCCGGCAUCUGGUACGGCCAUUGAUAUAAAACGAGCACAGAGAAGAGCUCGACCAUACCCCAGGUCCAGAUCAUUGCCAGCAUCAGUGAUAAAGAAAUGCCAAAUUGACGACACCAAACUGAUAAUGCAGCAGGAAAACCACAACAAUUCAUUCAGUAUCUUGAGUGACCAUGCCUACACUAUUCAACCCGGAGGUCCAGGAGAGAGAGGUACACAAACAGAUAGUGUGGAGACCAGAAAUUUUGGCACUCAGACAGAUCUUACUAUCAACUGCUUAAAGAACUAUGACGAUCAGCAGCUUCAAAAUGAAGGCCUAAUACGUCGACACCUGACAGUAACUAAUGUAACUAAAGAUGACUCCUCAUGCAAAUUUUACACAGGGUUGUCAAUCGCAUUGCUCUCACUGGUGUUUGGAUGGCUAAAAAAUAAAGCUAAAAACAUGACCUACUGGUGUGGAGCAGAAACAAAUAAGGACAAAGUUGAGGUAUCAAAUGUUGGAAGACCAAGGUCUCUAUCAUUAUGGGAGGAAUUCCUUUUGGCACUUCUGCGACUAAGAAGAGGGUAUGACAACACCACACUGGGACAGAUGUUUGGUAUAUCAGCAAGUUCUGUUAGCCGGAUAUUUUUUACAUGGAUGUGUCUCAUGUCCCGUGAGCUAAGGUUUUUAGUGUGUUGGCCAUCUAGGGAACAGUGUAGAAGGAAGUUGCCAAAGUGUUUCAAGUGGUUUACUCGCACAAGGUGUGUUAUAGAUUGCACAGAGUUUUUCAUACAGAAACCCAGUAUGCCUUCCUCUCAACAGAUAACCUGGUCCGCAUACAAAGAUCACAAUACCUUAAAAGUGUUAAUGGGAAUAACCCCCACAGGAUCAUUCAGUUUUGUAUCUGGGGCUUUUACAGGUAGCAUAUCAGAUAAAAACAUAGUUCUGCAAAGUGGCUUUCUGGAAAAGAUAGAAUAUGGUGAUGACAUUAUGGCUGAUCGGGGUUUCCUUAUCCGAGGAGAGCUUGCCUUAAGAGGUGCUACACUAAAUAUGCCACCAUUUGCCAUGGGAAGACAACUCUGCAGCAAAGCAACAACAAAAACUAGGAGGAUUGCUCAUGCGAGAAUUCACGUUGAGAGGGCAAUAGGACGUUUAAAAAACUUCAGUCUACUUCAAGGGGUCUUAAAUCUGAAACUGAAAAAUGUAAUUGAUGAUGUUAUUUUAGUUUGUGCAGCACUGUGUAAUUUGGACAACCAACUUGUAAAGUAG